AUGAUGUCUCACGGACUCAAAGCGCACGCAGAGGAUAUCUUUGUGUUCGCAAAUGAUUUAGCAAGUAAAAUCUCUAGCGAACCUGAGAGACCCCGUCUAGAUUUAGAUGAGAAAACUCGAAGCCAACUUGACCAACACUUGGAGUAUCUCCCAUUGUUGACAGCAAGUCCCUCGACCCCGAUCCGUCGCCGACUUGACCAGGAAGGGACAAAGUUAUGGAAUACCUGCAUGCAACUUAUGACACUACACAGAGAGAAAGAACAGCUGAUCCUUCUGUGUAAAGGCACAGUGAAGGCCUUCGCAUUUGCGAUGCUCGAAUAUGCUGCGCCAAAUAACAGCCAAGGAUGCUAUAGAGCUUUGGAGAUAGCUUUUAAAAUGGCAUCUACUUGCAUAGAUUCCGGCUGUCUUGAUCUCAGCCAGAAGAUCAUCGAAACUGCCGCUGUGCGAUUGGACAGACUUCAAAAAUCUGACACCGAUGGCAACGAAGCAAAGCUGCAGCAAUAUACUGUGGAGUAUUACAUGCUUCGGGUCUACCUAUCCUGGUUCCAGGAAAGACUUGACAUCGCAGACCACCUAUUCUCGAAAAUACCGGCAUCAAACAAUGAGAAGGGUCAAGAGCAUGUGAUGGACAUCUGUUAUAAGAUCGGUAACUCUGCGCUUUUACGCAAGCAGUAUGAUGUUUCUGCAAAGUGGCUGGGAAGAGCAUUGAAUGCAUUUCGGGCGAGCCUUCAUCUCGAUACACAUGAGUCCAAGGACUACCUUUCUAAAGCGCUGGAUGCACUGAAAGCUGGAUAUGAUGGCCUGUUUCCUGUCAAAGUCAUUGAACUUGAAGUUCUUAGCAGAGAAGAGUCUAGCGGGGAUGCCUUUUUGCAAGGUUACUGA